AACCACAUCCGGACCCAGUCAGACCACCGUGCUCGGGAGGAGACGGGAUGCCGUGUUACUUGCAUCCUGUGGUGGCCUCUGUGUGCUCCUGUCGCCUUCAAUUCUCCUCGUGCUCAAAGUCUCCGAUCUUCAAAUCUUUAUUCUCCCAGCACAAUGUUUCCUUAGGGGCGGGGCCUCUAGGAAAGCGGAAAGCCCAGCAUCCUGCAUCGUACAUGGGCCGAAUAGGUACCAGAGGCCAGCCUCGAACCGGACGGAACAACUAGGUGUUGGGAGGAUGCUGGCCACGUCCCAGGAGGCGGGUCUGUUCUUGGGCUUUUGAUCCCUGCUCUGGAGGGCCGGCCCUGUGCGCAGGGGCAAAGCAAGCGGGCCCAGACCCUAGAGCCGCACCGCAGGGUCACAGGGGAUUGCUCAGCUCUUUGACCUCUGGUAAACUAAUUAAAGAGGCUGCGGACAGCAGACUGAGCACAUUGCAGCUCUCCAACUGCCGGAUUACCUGGCGGCCACGUUGUGGUCAGAAGAGUCCUGCCUGCCGGCCAUGGAGCGCUGUGUGAGAGUGAAGUCUUGGGUAGAAGAGAAUCGGGCCUCCUUUCAGCCUCCGGUUUGCAACAAGCUUAUGCACCAGGAGCAGCUCAAAAUCAUGUUCGUCGGAGGCCCCAACACCAGGAAGGAUUAUCACAUUGAAGAGGGAGAAGAGGUGUUUUACCAGCUGGAGGGAGACAUGGUGCUCCGAGUCCUCGAGCAAGGAGAACACCGGGAUGUGGUUAUACGACAGGGAGAGAUAUUCCUCCUGCCUGCCAGGGUGCCCCACUCCCCGCAGAGGUUUGCCAACACCAUGGGCCUGGUGAUUGAGAGAAGGCGGAUGGAGACCGAGCUGGAUGGGCUGAGGUACUAUGUGGGCGACACUGAGGAUGUCCUCUUCGAGAAAUGGUUCCACUGUAAGGACCUUGGGACGCAGUUAGCCCCCAUCAUCCAAGAGUUCUUCCACUCUGAGCAGUACCGAACAGGAAAGCCCAACCCUGACCAGCUGCUCAAGGAGCCGCCAUUCCCGCUGAGUACACGGUCCGUAAUGGAGCCCAUGUCACUGAAGGCCUGGCUGGAGGGCCACUCCAGGGAGCUUCAGGCAGGCACAUCCCUAAGCCUGUUUGGGGACAGCUAUGAGACUCAGGUCAUCGCCCACGGACAAGGCAGCAGCAAAGGCCCGAGACAGGAUGUAGAUGUGUGGCUGUGGCAACUGGAGGGCUCCUCUAAGGUGACAAUGGGAGGACAGUGUGUGGCCCUGGCCCCCGAUGACAGCCUGCUGUUGCCCGCUGGGGUCUCGUACAUGUGGGAGCGAGCGCAAGGCUCUGUGGCCUUGUCUGUGACACAAGACCCUGCCUGUAAGAAGCCACUGGGGUGACCCUUCUGUGUGGGCCCCAAGCAGCCACAGGGUGCCUGAGUGCUGUCCUGACAGCUGCCCUUUCCAGACAGCUCUUUCAGCCUCAUGACAUCUCCGUGGACAUUGACAGGGCCCUUCCGUGGUCGUGGGCUGUCCCUGGC